GGACUUAUUUAAAAGCGUACAAUUUGCCGAAUGGAUCGUACUUACACGACGGUGUUUGUAGGUUUUAUGAUUCAUAACUGAUUCACUGAAGAAACAUUUUUAUGAAGAUAAAAAACAUACCCUGCCAUAGUCAGGAUGGUUUUCUGUUUUUUCCAACAAACUUUAAUCUCUCAUUUUCACCAAAAUCUAACUUUUAGAUUGUUUCAUGCUGAAAAGUUAAGGGGUUUGGUGAAAAAUGUUUUGAACUUUAGUCAGAGAAGGUCAUGCUUUCAAUUGAAGUCUCAGUCCUGGGAAUACAGGAUAGUACCUGUAUUCACCAGGGCCAAAGGUUUUGGCAAUAAGAUUGCUGUUGUUGACUCUACUGGAAGACACACAUAUCAAGAGCUGUAUAGGUGCAGUGUGGAGCUGGCCAAGAAGAUCCUUAAACUGCUGCCUUGCAUGAAUGGGGAUUUGCAAGGAAAGCGCAUUUCCUUUUUAUGCCCAAAUGAUGCUUCUUAUGUGGUGGCUCAGUGGGCCUGUUGGAUGUGUGGUGGAAUAGCUGUGCCUCUAUAUAAAAAACACCCAGUCACUGAACUUCAGUAUAUCAUUGAGGAUUCACAGAGCUCACUUAUUAUUGAGGGAGGGUCGUGCUCUGGACUUCUAGAACCUCUUGCUGGAAAAUUGGGUCUGCCUUUCCUAAGUGUCCCUCAGACAUCCUUCCAUAGUUUCAAAGAAGAUACUGACACUGGGCAUAAAGAUUCAUCUGUUGCUGAUUGGAAAGGGAAACCUGCUAUGAUUAUUUAUACAAGUGGGACAACGGGCAGACCAAAAGGUGUACUGACUACACAUCAAAACAUCCAGGCAAUGGUUGAGUGCUUGGUAAAUGAAUGGGGGUGGACCAGUGAAGAUGUGAUUCUCCAUACCCUUCCUUUGCAUCAUGUCCAUGGAGUUGUAAAUGCAUUGCUGUGUCCACUGUGGAUUGGUGCCACAUGCAUCAUGUUGCCAGAAUUUCAGCCUGCCAAGGUGUGGGAACACCUCAUAAGCUGUGGCUCCUCAGAAGUACCUAGAGUCAAUGUAUUUAUGGCUGUGCCCACAAUCUAUGCAAAGCUAACUGAAUACUAUGAUUGCCACUUUAAACAGCCUCAUGUACAGGACUUUGUGCGAGCAGUCUGCAAAGAGAAAAUCAGGCUUAUGGUCUCAGGUUCAGCUGCUUUGCCUGUGCCUGUCCUGGAGAGAUGGGCUCAAAUCACUGGUCAUGUAUUGCUGGAAAGAUAUGGUAUGACAGAGAUAGGUAUGGCUCUAUCAAAUCCGCUGCACGGAAUGCGACUGCCAGGCUCAGUAGGCACUCCCUUGCCAGGAGUGGAGGUACGUAUUACAGUGGAAAAUAUGAAGAAAGAAACUUCCUCCUAUACUAUAAUUGCUGAGGGUAACUGCAGAGGGACCAAGGUAACUGCAGGUUUAAAUGAAAAGGAAGGAGAGCUACAGGUUAAAGGUCCUUCCAUAUUCAAGGAAUAUUGGAACAAACCACAGGAAACUAAAAAUUCCUUCACCACAGAUGGGUGGUUUAAAACAGGAGACACAGCUGUAUACAAAGAUGGAGUCUACUGGAUUAUGGGGCGAACUUCAGUGGACAUCAUAAAGAGUGGUGGUUACAAAAUCAGUGCACUGGAAGUGGAACGUCACUUAAUAACACACCCUGAUAUUGCAGAUGUAGCAGUUAUUGGUGCACCAGAUGCAACUUGGGGACAGCGAGUAACCGCUGUGGUGGAGCUUAGACCAGAACGUAGCUUGUCUUUGCUGGAUUUGAAAGCAUGGGCCAGAGAGCGAAUGACAUCAUACAUCAUCCCUACUGAGUUGAUUCUUGUGGAAGAAAUGCCUAGAAACCAAAUGGGAAAAGUUAACAAAAAGAAACUGCUCAAGAACUUCUACCCUGGUUAGAAAACACUUCAUGUAACUGAUUAUGUGUAAGUCCUGAUGAGAAUGAAAAGAAGUUUGUACAUCCAUUGUUUGGAGAAGACAAUUUUCAGUCAAAUAAAAAUCCUGACACAGCACUCCAGUAAAUGGAAAUCAGAAUAAAACCUUAACUAGUUUAAAAAAAUAAAAUAAGAAAUUUUAGUUUAGGAUAACUGAGCCCACUUUGACUUGAAUGCCAAAACAGAAUAUUUAUCAAAGGAGGUAAUUAGAGGUAAUUAAGAGACAUUGUUUUAUUUAACAACAUAAUGCAAGGUUUCAUUUAGACAGAGAUCUGAUCCCAUUUUAAUUUUUGUUGUGAACAGUUGUCUGUCUGUCUU